AUGCAGUACACAAAGCUCUUCGCCCUCGCGGCCGUCUUCGUCUCCAGCACCCUCGCGGCACCACUAGAUGCUGAAGCCCGUGCCUGCGCCUCAACCUGCGGUUCCGUCUGCUACACCAGCAGCGCCGUCUCCGCCGCCCGCAACGCCGGAUACAACCUGUACUCUGCCGGCAGCACCGAGAACUCGUACCCACACGUCUAUCACAACUAUGAGGGCUUCGAUUUCCCUGUCUCGGGAACAUACUACGAGUUCCCCAUUUUGAGCAGUGGAAAGGUCUACUCUGGUGGUUCACCCGGUGCGGACCGUGUUGUCUUUAACAAUAACGACCAGCUGGCUGGAGUUAUUACCCACACUGGUGCUAGUGGAAACAACUUUGUUGCGUGUACUUAA